AUGGUUCGCGCACCCGACGGCGUUGUCAUUGGCCUCAAAUGCGUCGAAGUCGGCCGCUUCUCCACGAAGUCGCUGAGCCUUCCCUACCUGAUCUCGCCGUGCCUCUUCCGUUUUGCCGACUCUGAUGUGUCGGUGAUGUACGAGACGGACCUGAAGCGGAUCGCCGUUCACGAUUGGAGCGGUAGACGCCCAGACAUCUACCAGACGAUCCCCGAAUUCGGCCAAGUGGCGGCCAUCCGCGCCAUUCGAGUCAACGAAUCCGAGAUGCGACUCAUCGUCGUGGCCGAUACCGGCGUCACCAGCAGUCGUCUUCUGCACACCAAU